AUGUCUUCGCCGAACGCAGGGGUUUCGUUCAUUUGCGCCAUCGUCGUCGCCGCGGCGUGCGGCGCCGUCGGCGAUGUUUCUUCGCUGCCCCGGCAACGGCAGCAUCCACCAGAGCUGGACGGCGGCGCAGGGAUCGGCGCGGCCCUGUGGUCAGCGGUGACCGGUUGUCUCGGUCCGGACUCGAUCGAGCCGGCCGCGGUGUGCUUCAAGUCCAAGGCGCUGACCGUCCUGGACCGCACGCUCGCCGAGUCCACCGCGGCCAUAGCGAACGGGGUUUCGUUGUCCUGUCGGGCGGGCCGGUCCCCGCAGCCGGACCAUUCGCUGGCCGCGGAGGCCGACCGUGCCGCACUAAAUGCCGCCGGCGACCCGGACCGCAAGAACGCCUUGUUGGACCGCAUGAUUGCCGACCGGAUGGACGCGCUCGUCGCCACCCGGACCAUCGUUCUGCAGGACGGGUCGGUCGUACAAGAAGGUGAGUAACUGUGCGCGUCGGUCGACCGGAAUAACACUGCCGUCUCGUUGUUUCGUUGACCGUGCACGACGCACGACUUGGACGCGGCGAGCUCAAUUAUUGCUUUGGACGCCCGUUUCCCACCGAUUCCGAGCAACGAUCAUUAUAACCGAUAUCUCAAAUGAGAUGCAUAAGUACGUUCACAGAACGAUUUCAUAUUAUUGUUCAAAUUAUAAAAGAUAAUAUUAACGAGUUUCCCCCUGCGCCCGGUCGGAAACCAUGUCCACCUUUCCGGGAACUUUCCGUUUUGGCGACUAAUCCCUUUCCCACAUAAACCCUCCCCUCCCCCUUUUCCCUGCCACUCAGAAGAUUAUCCUGUCAAAGUCGAAGUGUCCGAAUAGACCUUCUCGAGCGGUCCGAUGUUUUGAACGAAUGCAAUUUUAAUAAUGUUAUUACAGUGUUACAUACUCGUUCAAUUCGGUUUUAUACGCUUCGCACGCGGCGUUGAUAACACCAACUGAUCUGGUUUAAUUUCGGCAGGUCGAGGCAAGAAGAAACAACAGAAGACGAUCAGACAAGCAUUCAUGAUGGCCGGUUUAAUGGCCGUCGCCAUUCUCGUGCCGAUGGCGUUUAGUUUUGUCGCCUUGUUCACCACCAAGGCAUUGUUGGUCAGUAAAAUCGCACUGGUCGCGUCCAGUAUUUUGGCGUUCAAAAAACUCCUCCAGCCCAGUAAGAGCAGUGCUGGAGGUGGUCAUAAAAUCGAGAUCGUGCCGGAACCUCAUUACGUUGCUCACGAACCGAAUGCUCACAACACGGCGUACUCGAGCUAUGCGAAAUAGUCGAUAAUAAAUAUUAAAAUACCUUAUAAAAAUAUUGUACUUGUUACUGAGCGCUGUGCGAUUUUUUUCAUAUUUAUUUAUUUAUUUUUAAUUACAUAGUUACAGUAUCGCGUGUGUUACACGUUAUACGUUCACGUGAACCAACAAUAUGUUUAUGUACUUAGUAGUUUGGCUAAAAAAAAAACUAAAAUUAUAUCAGCAUAAUGUUAUUAUGCAUUUAAAAACAAAAGUUAGUUCAGGUUAAUACAUUCGUUGUGUGUUCAAACGCUUUCUCGAAAGUGUACACACAAUAUAUUAUAUUAUAA